AUGCAGCAAAAGGAUUUGAAAAAAGCCGAAGAAGAGCUUGCUAGUGCUCGGGACCGCUUCGAAAAUAAUGAGCGCGAACUUGAGUUAAAAGGAAUCCACAUUGAAAUGUACAAGAAGAUCCUCGCCAUCAAAGAUGAAUUCACAGGCCUUAGUGAUGACGAGACGUUAAAGAAGAUAGAAGGAGCUCAUCUGUUGGACAAGUACUGA